AUGUCCAACUUGGAUCCGCCAGGCCCGCAGGGGCUGACGAGAAGGCCGUCAAGGAGCGCCGCCACCACCACCUUCUCUACGGAGGUCUUCGACAAUGAGGUCGUCCCAUCCGCCCUCGCCUCCAUCGCUCCCAUUCUCCGCGUCGCCAACGAGAUCGACAGAGAGCGUCCUCGCGUCGCCUAUCUCUGUCGGUUCUAUGCUUUUGAGAAGGCACACCGAUUGGAUCCCAGCUCCAGCGGCCGUGGUGUCAGGCAGUUCAAGACCUUGCUGCUCCAACGACUGGAGAGGGACAAUGCGUCCAGUCUUGCUUCUCGGGUUAAGAAGACAGAUGCCAGAGAAAUUGAAAGCUUCUAUCAGCAGUAUUAUGAGCAAUAUGUUCGAUCUCUCGACCAGGGGGAGCAGGCAGAUAGAGCCCAACUGGGCAAAGCCUACCAGACGGCAGGAGUGCUUUUUGAAGUGCUUUGCGCUGUUAACAAGACUGAGAAAGUGGAGGAAGUUGCUCCCGAGAUUAUUGCGGCUGCUAGAGAUGUCCAAGAAAAGACGGAAAUUUACGCUCCAUAUAACAUUCUUCCUUUGGAUUCUGCUGGUGCUACACAGUCUGUCAUGCAGCUUGAAGAGGUUAAGGCUGCAGUGGGUGCACUUUGGAAUACUCGUGGUUUGAACUGGCCUAGUGCAUUCGAGAGCAGGCAGAAAGCUGGUGAUCUGGAUCUCCUUGAUUGGCUAAGGGCCAUGUUUGGAUUCCAGAAAGACAAUGUCAGGAACCAGAGGGAGCAUUUGAUAUUGCUACUUGCGAAUACUCAUAUAAGGCUUCAUCCCAAACCUGAACCUCUUAACAAGCUUGAUGAUCGAGCUGUUGAUGCAGUUAUGGGAAAACUUUUUAAGAACUACAAAACGUGGUGUAAAUUUUUGGGACGAAAACAUAGUUUAAGGCUACCCCAAGGUCAGCAAGAAAUACAGCAGAGGAAGAUACUAUACAUGGGUUUGUAUCUUCUCAUCUGGGGUGAAGCAGGGAAUGUUCGCUUUAUGCCAGAAUGUCUAUGCUAUAUUUUUCAUAAUAUGGCAUAUGAACUCCAUGGCCUAUUGGCUGGAAAUGUAAGCAUCGUUACUGGGGAAAAUAUAAAGCCUUCUUAUGGCGGGGAUGAUGAGGCUUUUUUGCGGAAAGUUAUAACCCCUCUAUAUCGUGUAAUUGAGAAGGAAGCCAAGAAGAGUGACAAUGGAAAAGCUCCUCACCCAGUUUGGUGCAACUAUGACGAUCUUAAUGAAUAUUUCUGGUCAUCUGAUUGCUUCUCUCUUGGUUGGCCCAUGCGUGAUGAUGGUGAUUUUUUUAAAUCAACGCGUGACUUGGCACAGGGAAGAAAGGGCUCUAGAGGAAAAUCUGGAAGCACAGGAAAAUCUUAUUUUAUUGAAACUCGGACAUUUUGGCACAUUUUUCGAAGUUUUGAUCGAUUUUGGACCUUUUAUAUACUGGCUCUACAGGCCAUGUUCAUUAUUGCGUUUAGAGGGAUUUCACCAUUGGAUAUUUUUCAAAAGGAUGUCCUAAGAGACCUAUCAAGUAUUUUCAUCACAGCGGCAUUUCUUCGUGUCCUUCAAAGUAUUUUGGAUAUUGUUUUGAACUUCCCGGGAUAUCAUAGGUGGAGGUUCAUUGAUGUGCUGAGAAAUAUUCUCAAGAUAAUUGUUAGUCUUGCAUGGGCAGUCAUUCUUCCUUUGUUUUAUGUGCAUUCCUUCAAGGAUGCCCCUAAACAAAUUAUAGAUGCACUUUCGUUCCUUAAAAAAAUAGAUGGUGUUCCUGCUUUGUAUAUCAUGGCUGUUGCAGUAUAUUUGCUGCCAAAUUUACUCGCAGCAGUUUUGUUCCUGUUCCCGCUGCUCCGGCGUUGGAUUGAAAACUCAGACUGGCACAUCAUUAGGUUCCUAUUGUGGUGGUCACAGGUAUACCCUUUUUUGGGUGCUGCUUUUGGGUUGCAAGUUUACAGUAAGCUAUCUUAUCCAGGUGAGAUGAUAAAACCUCUGGUGAAGCCAACGAGAGAUAUUAUGAACAUUCGUCGCAUAGAGUAUGAAUGGCAUGAAUUUUUCCCUAACGCUCAAAACAACUAUGGAGCGGUUGUGUCACUCUGGGCACCAGUAAUCUUGGUUUAUUUGUUGGACACUCAAAUAUGGUAUGCUAUCUUUCAGACUAUAUAUGGUGGUGUUGUUGGAGCAUUUGAUCGCCUGGGAGAGAUUCGAACCCUAGGUAUGCUAAGAUCACGGUUCCAGUCUCUGCCCGGUGCAUUCAACACAUAUCUAGUGCCUUCGGAUAAAUUACAGCAAGCAGGAGAAGUGAAGCUGCAAAGUUUGCUCAGUUGUGGAAUGAAGGAAAUGGAUUUGCUGCUGGUUCCUUAUUCAUCAGAUCCCAGCCUGAAGAUAAUUCAGUGGCCACCCUUCUUGCUUGCUAGCAAAAUCCCAGUAGCAUUAGAUAUGGCAGUACAAUUUAAAUCCAAGGACUCCGAUCUCUGGAAGCGGAUAUGUGCGGAUGAAUAUAUGAAAUGUGCUGUGAUUGAAUGCUAUGAAUCUUUCAAACAUGUCCUUGGUGCUCUGGUAGUUGGAGAAAAUGAGAAAAGGAUAAUUGGCAUCAUCGUUAAGGAAAUUGAAAGUAACAUUUCAAAGAAUACAUUUCUUGUAAAUUUUAGAAUGGGUUCUUUGCCCACUCUCUGCAAGAAAUUUGUAGAGCUUGUGGGGAUCUUGAAAGACGCUGAUUCAUCCAAGCUAUCUUCAGUGGUGUUGUUGCUUCAAGAUAUGCUGGAGGUAGUCACUCGUGAUAUGAUGGUGAAUGAGAUCCGAGAGUUGGUUGAAGUUGGUCAUAGUAGCAAGGACUCUGGAAGGCAACUCUUUGCUGGCACGGAUGCAAAACCGGCAAUAGUGUUCCCUCCUCCAGUUACAGCACAGUGGGAAGAACAGAUAAGACGCCUCUAUCUGCUACUAACGGUUAAGGAAUCUGCCAUUGACGUACCAACAAACCUUGAAGCGCGUAGAAGGAUUGCAUUUUUUACAAAUUCACUGUUCAUGGAUAUGCCACGUGCUCCCCGAGUCCGUAAAAUGCUUUCAUUCAGCAUCAUGACCCCAUACUAUAGUGAGGAGACUGUAUAUUCCAAAACUGACCUUGAGAUGGAAAAUGAAGAUGGUGUAUCAAUCAUAUAUUACUUACAGAAGAUAUUCCCAGCUUCGUCAUUGGGUCUCCUUACGAGGACAAACUCUCUGCAGGACAGUCAGAGGAAUGAUGUAUUACCGACGAGCUCUGAAGCUUCAGGCUUUCUUGACAUGGCUACUGAAAACGAGAUACUGGAUGGCUACAAAGCCAUCACGGUUCCAUCAGAGGAAGAAAGGAAAAGCCAGAGAUCCCUUUAUGCUCAAUUAGAAGCAGUGGCUGACCUUAAUUCACCUAUGUUGCUACCUGCCAAAACUAUGGCAAUCAGAAAGAAGCGGAGAUCGACGUGCAACAGACAUCUUGAAUCUGAUGAUUCUUAUUCGUCGUUCUCCUACAGUAAUCCCUCUCUUCGGGUUGCAUAUAUUGAUGAAGUUGAAGAGAGAGAGAGUGGUGGAAAGGUCCAAAAGGUUUACUAUUCUGUGUUGGUUAAAGCUGUUGACAAUCAUGACCAGGAAAUAUAUCGUAUAAAAUUGCCGGGUUCGGCAAAGAUUGGGGAAGGGAAACCUGAAAACCAGAACCAUGCUGUAAUUUUUACUCGAGGAGAAGCUCUUCAGGCCAUUGACAUGAACCAGGACAAUUACUUAGAAGAAGCUUUUAAAAUGCGGAACCUUCUUGAAGAAUUUAAUGAGGACCAUGGAGUGCGUCCACCUUCAAUUUUAGGUGUUCGUGAGCAUAUCUUUACUGGAAGUGUUUCUUCAUUGGCCUGGUUUAUGUCAAAUCAAGAAAUGAGCUUUGUGACCAUAGGUCAAAGAGUUCUUGCAAGACCUUUGAAGAUUCGGUUCCACUAUGGACACCCUGAUGUCUUUGAUAGAAUCUUCCACAUUACUCGUGGUGGCAUGAGCAAGGCUUCCCGUGGCAUCAAUCUGAGCGAGGACAUCUUUGCUGGCUUUAACUCAACGUUAAGGCGAGGGAAUGUUACUCACCAUGAGUAUAUCCAAGUUGGGAAGGGUAGAGAUGUUGGGCUCAACCAAAUCUCUCUCUUGAAGCUAAAGUUGCUUGUGGAUUUUAUGUCAGCGCAAUGUUGGUUGUCCUUACGGUCUAUGCUUUCUUAUACGGAAGACUUACUUGUCAUUGAGUGGAAUGGAGAAGACAAUGUUAAUUAUGCUGCCACCAGGGGAAAUAAUGUUCUGCAAUCAGCCAUGGCUUCGCAAUCUGUUGUCCAAUUAGGUUCAUUAUAUGGGCGAACAGUCCUGCACGGCGGGGCUAAAUACAGAGCAACUGGCCGUGGCUUUGUUGUCCGGCAUGAAAAGUUUGCUGAGAAUACAGGAUCAACCAAGAGCUGGGAGUCCUGGUGGGAUGAGGAACAGGAGCACCUGCAGUACACUGGGUUUUUGGGACGUUUUGGGAGAUUGUUCUUGCUUUGCGCUUCUUUCUCUUCCAAUAUGGAAUUGGUACCAUCUAAUGUGGCCAGGCGUGAUAAAAGCAUCAUGGUUUAUGGUCUGUCGUGGCUGGUCAUUGUUGCUGUCAUGAUCAUCCUAAAGAAAAAGGUUCAGUGCAGAUUUCCAGCUGAGUUCAGACUUCUCAAAUUGUUCCUGUUUAUUGGGUUCGUUGUCACUCUUGGGAUGCUUUUUAGUUUCCUUAGUCUCACUGUUGGUGACAUCUUUGUUAGCUUGCUGGCCUUCUUGCCUACUGGAUGGGCGCUACUACUGAUAUCACAAGCAUGCAAGCCAAUGGUGAAGGCCCUGGGAAUGUGGGGGUCUGUGAAAGCUCUAGCAAGAGGGUACGAGUACGUGAUGGGGCUGGUUAUCUUCACACCAGUGGCUGUUCUGGCAUGGUUCCCAUUUGUCUCGGAGUUCCAGACCAGGCUGCUAUUCAACCAAGCUUUCAGCCGAGGGCUUCAGAUCCAACGUAUUCUUGCUGGUGGAAAGAAGCACAAGUCAAACUAA